CAGACCCCAACAGAGGAUAAGAUGUAACUUGAAGCUCCCCUUUCCUACUCUCCCUCCGUUUCUGUCUCAGUUCCUUCGAGCUCGGGGAGGUCCUUUCUGUUCCGGGAUACAAGCAGCCAUGGGACUCCCUUCGGCCAUUCAGAACUGCGUCAGGAGCUCCCCACGUCACCUCCAUUACCACACGCGGAGAGGCGCUUUGGGAAUCUCGAGCGACCUCCCCAAGCGGGUCGGAGUUCAAUUUCUCUGCAAUCGCGUUUCGUCUCUAAAGACAGUGAAUCAGGUUCGACUUGGUCGCUGCAAUCCUAUACCUUGCGCGAGGAAAGCCGAGCAGGAGGGUGAUUUGUCUGCUUCAGGAGAUGUGGGAACCAGUUCCCAGUCAUCCAAUGAAGUCGACAAUGUUGCCAAAGGACACUCUCCUACCUCUGUAGGCUGUUCAGAGGAAAACAAUGAGACAGAGGAGAGUUAUGCAUCCUCAAUUACAACUGUUGCUCUGUGUGUGAGCUGCGCAGUGGCUUUUGGUGUUGGUUUGGGCUUCAAAGAUGGUGUUGGCAAGGCAUCCGAGUUUUUUGCUGGGUAUAUUCUGGAGCAAAGUUUAUCCGUGGAUAAUCUUUUCAUCUUUGUGCUUAUCUUCAAGUAUUUCAAAGUUCCAGUUAUGUACCAGCAGAAUCAUGUACUGUCCUAUGGGAUUGCUGGAGCAAUAAUCUUUCGAUUGUCUCUGAUAAUACUUGGAGCAGCUACCCUGCAGAGGUUUGAUGCGGUCAAUUUAUUUUUGGCUGUGAUACUCCUAUACUCAUCAUUUAAGUUAUUCUCCAGCGAAGAGGACGAUAGUGACCUAUCGGAGAACUUCAUAGUGAAGACAUGCCAGAAAUUUAUACCUGUAACAAGUAAUUAUGAUGGCAACCGAUUUAUAACGAAUCAGAACGGCAUAUGGAAAGCCACUCCUUUGCUUCUCACCGUGGCAGUCAUUGAGCUCAGUGACAUAGCUUUCGCUGUUGACUCAAUACCAGCAGUUUUUGGUGUCACGCGGGACCCUUUCAUAGUUUUCACAUCUAAUCUGUUUGCAAUAUUAGGUUUGAGGUCUCUCUAUAGACUGAUUUCUGAAGGCAUGUCAGACUUGGAGUACUUGCAGCCAUCCAUUGGUGUUGUCCUUGGCUUCAUUGGAUGUAAAAUGAUUCUCGAUUUCUUUGGUUUUCACAUAACGACAGAAGCAUCUCUUGGUGUUGUAGCCACAUGUCUUGGUGCUGGAGUGCUUUUAAGUCUUCUUAAGAGAUCUGAAUAAGUGGCAGAUGCAGAUCUAUGAAGUUUCAGCUAUGGGAUUACCAUGUGAAAAAGCUAUGGGAUUACCAUGUGAGUUUCUUAGUAGAGCUCAACGGAAAAAUUGGCAUCCUUAACUUGGGAAGGCAUACUACCUGACAGUCCUGCAGAAGGACUCGCGCCACUGCCACCAUUGAUGACCUGAAAAUGAUUUCUGAGAACCAGUGACCUUCGAAAAAAUUCCUAAUUACGGGAAAUUGACCUGUGAAGGAAGUAACUGAUGUUGCAGUUAUUUAGUUUUUUUAAAUUACCAGUAUAUAUCUCAAUUUAUUAUUCUUAUUUUUGAAGAUCAAACUCGUUUUUCUUUGUAGCUUUACGACCAGACUUGGAUGAUUAACAAUUGGAAGUUAAAAAUUCCAAAGAUUUCGCAUUUCGCUCA